CAUUCAUCGCAUCCACGCACACUUAUACAUAUAUACAAUAUACGUGCACACCAAAGUGGCAUGCAGCGAACGGGUACCAGCGGAGAGGGAAAAGAGCAGUUUCAUGCCGAGCGAGUAGUCGGGCCUCAGAAUCGCGCGGAGCUCCAGCUCGGCUCUCGGCUGCUCAGGCACGUCGCGACCAAAGAACCAACCAGUCCGCUCAACUUCUCCGACACAUUCCGACAGGCUGUCGUUGAGUUAUCCGGGGGACCCUCUCUUUCGAACCGGGCUCCGAAAUAUAUACCUGCUCGCAAGACCGCUCGCGUCUCUCGCUCGUCUUGCUCCGAAACGUGAGGCAUUCGCAGAAUCUCAUCGUUUUAAACACGCCGCGAGUCUGAAGCGUCGCGUUAGAAUCGGUACCGGAUCGACCUGGAAUCGGUCCAAUACGAACUGUUUCAAAAGUACUUGUCAAUUCUCUUUUGAGGAUCGCAAAGUGAACUCGGAAAAUGCGCGUUAUUCGAAAAAUCUCGACGUUUUAGUGCGCUCACUGAACGAUACAUGCUCGACAGUGGAGUCGAUACCCAAUCUGGAUCAAUCUGGAAGAGGUCCAAUACGACCCGUUUCGAACUAGUAUUGUACUUGUUUUAUUGUUCUCUACGAAAAAAUUUCGAACAUGUUACUGUGACUGUGUCACUGUGUGUUACAAGACAGCCCUGUCGAUUAACCGCUACGAUCUGAAUCGGCCUGGAUCCGUUCCAGGAAUACACCUUUCAAAGUGUAUACUAUAUAUUUCUACUCUCUGUUGCCCGAAAAUCAAACGUUUACUAUGAUUGCGCGUUGGUAAUAAUGUCAUCGUAAUUCAGAAAACGCACGUGUCACUCGAGAAACUUCGGAUAUUUUUAUAGCGUCGAUUAGUAAACAAACGCGAUAUUCUAAUGGCACGAAUCAUCGUUUCCUAUUAGCCACAAUUUCAAACAGAUCUGAAUGCAUGUCGUAUUUUGGAUUUGCAUAACAAAUUAAAGAUAUAAAAUUACUUGACUGUGUUAUUGAAAUAACUGAAAUACGGGAGAAAACAAUUUUAAAAAUUUUUUGUUAACUGGCGUGUUUCUGGUCGAAGCGAUCUCACAUUGAAGUUUCUUAAAUUUAUGUGCAAGAAAUCAGCGAUCCGUUUAAUCAAGAUACUGCUACAUCCGCCUUUUUAAACGAUACAGCAAUAUUUGCUUUCGCAAGAAACAUCGCGAAAUUUUUGCUUGACCGAGUUGAGCUUCUCCGGUGCGUAUUUCGCGAAUAUUUUUAGUAAAGCGCAAAAUUGAUGGAAUAUUUGAUACUCUCGCGAUAAGGAAAUGCCUGCGAUAUUACAGCCGAUAGCACAAAUCUGGCGUUUAUUCGAAACGAAUUUGCUGAAGCUCGCUCAUCAGCUUUUGGUUCAUUCAAGCGCCAAUAUAUCCGCCGAUACGCAGGAUUGGCAUAGUGUUUAAUCCAAAGGAUAAAGUGCACGAUUCACCGAAUGAUACACGCUUAAACGAUGUUUAAUCCUUUCGUAACAUGGAGCAUGAACUAGCACGGAUGUUUCUUUGACAGGGGAUCUUAUUGAAGCAGUUUCAAAUUGAUUCACAUUUCAACAAUAAUACGUAAAAUUAUUAUUUAGAGCAGAUGGUCUUUAUUAUUUAUAUACUUUUUAAUGGAAUUCUAAUCACUGAUCCUGUGCGAAUGGUAUCGUCCCGAAGUCUGUGAACGUCACUAAAAAGCGUCGAAAAUCGACAAAUAAAUCUUGGACAGACUUACCUGACAUGUUUCUAGUAUGCAUCUUGUGCAGCGCAUGAGGCUACGAGUGAAAUGCAUUGCGUAGCAAUGUGACACCCUAUCAUUAGUAUUAACAGUUGAAAGUGUUCUGAAUUAUACGUUCUAUUUUUUACGCUACGCAAAGUAUUCUGCGUUUUUCUUUUGUUUAUGAUACAUGGAGGAAUAUUUUUUAAUAAAGACAGACAUACUUUUUAAAAUAUGUGUGUGAUACAAGUGUAAAGUUAAUAUAAAAACGUAAUGACGUACGUUACAUAAAUGUGUACGUCACAAAAUCAAAGGAUACAGGAGAACAUCGAAUUAUACACGACAGAUAAAAGAAGAGGUCUUUGAAAAAAUUGAAGAAUUUCAUCUGAAUUACAUGCACAAUCACCGAUACAAUUGUCCGGUUAUUGCAUCGUGAGCAUCACGACGGAAACAUGCGUGAGGAAGUGGUGACCGUACCGUCCACCAGCAACGAUCAGGAAAGCUGGAAAGUACAGAGAAUAUCCGUAAACGGCGAAUCGCCGCAAUCGAGCAAUCGUCGCCGCGGCUACAGUCGGUCGCAAUUGCAACCGGUCGUUUCCGGUGGCAAGAGGAAUCGGCUGGCACCAUCCCCACCGACGCAGCCGAUAUCUUACAAAGUCAAUGCUAAGGACCAGCUCGACAAGUACUUCGACUGGCCGAAUAAGGAGAACACGCCCGGAAAUGCCAUAAACCGCCGCGAGGACGAUCAACGACAGGCGAACCAAGUCCAGGAGACCGAAGAGUCGACAAUGGGCUCGAAUCUGAGUAGGCAUAACGGAAAGGGCCUCACUGGCCGACGCACUCAGUCUUCCGGGAACCUGUGCGAACCCAAGGGAAAGCUCAACAGCAUGGGGAAGAUACUGGUGCCCUGUUCCAGCGCGCAGAAAGAAAGAUAUAAAUUUUGCGGAUCGCUGCCAAAUCAUCUGGACGAUAAGGAUGUGCUAGAUGAUGAUCAGCGAGAUAAUAAUAACAUCAUGUCCGAUACUAUCAGCGGAAACUUUGGCGGUACGUUGCCGCACAAGAAACGCUCGUUAGGAGUGCAUUUCUCGGACAGCGGACCGACCGGUACUUUGGAUCUCGUUAAACAUCGAUCGCAAGAUUCCUUCGACGAGAACGAUCCCUGGAGAUAUCAGCAGAGCGAUCUCGAUCUGGUGCGAUGCCGUCACGGAAACUUUGAUUCGGUCAAGAGAAAUCGCAGCGCCGACACGGUGCUCGUCGAUUCCGGCAGGAAGUACGGUCGCAGCGUAGCCUUGGAGGAUAGGUGUCACCGUAAUUCGGACCUCGACUUAGUCGGCACGCUGCCGAAACGCAAGCAAGACGCUCAAAACAGCAGCGGCAGGAGCCUCGAGUCGAACUCGUCCUCGCAGCCGUGUAUGGUAAACGCCAUCAAUAACGACGAUCGGCUGAUGAAGAUAGUACACAAACCUGACUGCGAGUUACUCAAGCAUCGCCAACAGUUUGGCAAAUGCGUCGAUCUAAAACUGAGCAAAUUGACGAGCGGCGAACCGCAGGAUCAAGGAUACGCGUCUGAACGAUCACCCGAGGACGAGCAUCCACCGUCGUUGCCAGGGCAACCGUUUCCAAGUGUUACACCCGAGAGUACAUUCCGGGUAACGCUGCAGAAGAGCAGUCGCGGUCUCGGUCUAAGUGUUUCCGGUGGCGGUACCGCGGGCCCUGUUCGGGUGAAAAGACUCUUUCCUCAGCAACCCGCCGCCCUGUCCAACAAGCUUCAAACCGGCGACAUAUUAUUAGCUGCCAACGGGAUUCCGCUAACCGGCCUCACCAAUUACGAGGCUCUCGAAGUUCUGCGUACGACCCCUAACACGGUCGAAUUGGUGGUGUGUCGGCUUCCAGGAGAUAGUAAUGUUACUCCACCCGGUGCACCGCCGCCACCUCCGGCAAGGCGGGAGCCGUCGUCGUUACGUAUACUCAACCCGCUGCCACCUCUGCAAAUUGAACCCUGCGGUGAAUUCGACAUUGAAAUGACGAAAGUCGGCGGCAGUCUCGGCUUUACCCUGAGGAAGGCGGACAGCAGUGCCCUGGGUCAUUACGUGCGGGCGCUGGUGCGAGAACCGGCACUGAGUGAUGGCAGAAUCCGGCCGGGCGACAAGAUCGUCGCCGUGGACAAUGCUCCGCUGUCUCCAAUGAGUCACGAGGAAGCGGUUCAGCUGCUGCGACAAUGCGGACCAACGGUAAAACUGCGGCUGUACCGCGAUUUGGCGCAGACUCCAGUCUCGGCGCUCUCGCCCACCGAGCCCGAUCAUCCCCUCCGUCCGCCACGAACGAGCUUGAGACAAGAAGCCGUGGACAUGCUGUGUGACUUAGCAGUCCGAAAGCUGUCACCAGGUACAUCGAGCGGUUCUAGUAGUUGCAAACAACAGUCACCCGGUGCCUCAUGCAACUCACCCCGAAGACUACGUCGACUUGCCACGCGUACUUCCACUGCCGAAACGAAUCAAGAAACUCCCGAGAGUAAGUUGCAUGACGUGCAAACGACGUCGUCGACAGCCAGCCAAGCGGAGACUGCGUCAGACUCGGACCAAUGUUCCGUCAAGACGCAGAUCACCAAUUCUCAAGCAAACACACCUGCGACCGACAUAAUCGAUCCACCGCCGCUCUACGACAUUUACGACGAUAACGACGAUGAGAUGUCGAAACCGACGUCUAACAAUGCUGCGGUGGCCAGACCAAGCUUCCUCGACUUGUCGGCGCCGCAAGGUAAGCCGCACUUUCAGUUCUGCAGCGUUGAUUCGGACAGUGAGUAUCCCGCCGACGGCGAUGUCAUCCUCGCGGAAGCAGAGCGAGGACGGCUAGCCGAACCGAACUACAGUAACGACAGGAGCGUGACGGUGAUGUCGAGCGACGAGCACGACAAUGAUCUGCCGUCCGAGCCGGCCUCCAUGCCGCCAAUGCUGUCGUCCACCAGCAGUACCAGCACCGCUGCUUUCAGCUAUAAGAAUCCGGCCUACCAGAGUGCCAAUCCGGCCUGCGGCAGCGCCGUCAGUGACCCAGCUGGACCUAAGAACAAAACCACGCACUCCAGCGAUCAGGACAUACCAGGAAAAAUCCUGGGAACAGACGAUCCAGGCGGUAGCAAAGGAUUACUGAAGUGGAAAGGCGUGAUGUUCGCUCCAAACGAUGAAGUAGAUACUGAGCACAAUCCGGAACAAACCGGGAAAGACACCACGGAUUCAGUCGCUCUUGCUGAAGACCUUGAGCAAGGCAGCGAGGUGUUCAUGGUGGAGCUGACGCGUGGGUGGAACAGCCGGCUGGGCUUUAGCUUGCAGCCGGAAGGAAAUUGUACAGUGAUAUCGGUCGUGCAUCCCGACAGUGUCGCGGCCAAAGAUGGUAGACUCAGGCAGGGCGACGUAUUACUGAUGGUUAAUGAGGAGAGUGUGGAACACAUGUCGACAGCUGAUAUAAUAGAUCUGUUACGCAAGAUACGUGGUUCGAUAGGUAUCACGGUGAUGAGGAGAUCAAAACGAGACAAUAUAACGUAACAGUAGUACAGUGCGACAUCGAAAUAGAACAACCAUAAAAGGUACGAUUUGAUUGGUAUAUUCUUUAUGGACAGGCAAUGAUAGAUUUGAAGAUUUAGACAUGAAUCGGACAUAAAAAAGGCUUUUACCAAGAAAUCAGAUAAAGAUGCUAAUCUUUUUCAAUAAAAUUUUCAUUAAAAUUUAGAUAAUAAGAGAAGAUAGAAAUAAGGAGAAAAGCAGUAAUUAUUAAGAAAUGAAUAGAUGAGAUUAUAAAUGUUGUUAGUAUAAUAAAAAGCUAUAAUAAAUCGAUGGAUUCUCAAUGCCAGAAGAAUGGGUCACAAUUCGCGCCAUUAUCAAUGACAAAAAUCGUUCAUGAAGAAGUAAGAUAAUCUUACUGCACCAAAAAGAUAGCAGUCGAUAACGAAGAGAAAUCGUCUUUCGUGUCUUAAUCGAUUACAAAAGACUACCGUUUAGGAAGAUGAUGAGAGAAAAAAAUUCGCAGAUGCCAUUCUGAUAAUUUUCUAGUAGAUGUCUCCGGAAAUAGAAAGUCACUCAAUCUUGUAGAAAUCUUCCGGAGGGAACUAAACGCUGGAGAUCUGAAAUGAUAUGUCAUUCAAGAAAAUUCGUGUUGAAUUUUCAGUCGUUUCUUUGCGUGCGAAUCAACCAAUCCUCACAAAUCAAUAUUAAUUUAUAACUGAAAUUCCGCUGAAAUUGCAGUAUUCUAACAAAUUCAUCAGCUACCAUCACAAAAAGACAUGUCGACAUGUCGAUUAUGACAGAUUGUGCAUUGAUGGCAGGAUAAUUGAAGUGCUCUCAUUCCGAAAGCUUGAAUCUUUUUGGUUAAUUAUUGGCACUUAUUAUUAAUAAUAUUUCUAGUAAUUUGCGAUAUUUUCGAAAAGCAGUAUCCUUUUACGAUUAGUACGCGAAACAUUGUUUUAAUGAAUUCGAGAAUCAAAAGAAUUAAUCAAAAUAUAAUUGAAAAGAAAACCACGUACUUAUUGCAAGAUGAGACGUGUUCCACUCAGUCGAAAUUGAUUAUCUAUCGAGAAAAUGAUCUCGAGUUUCGAAACUGCGAUAUAUAUGUAUGUACAAAGUUGUAAAGGUAUUCUUUUAAGUAUUGAGCGUAAAAAGAGAAAUUCUCGCGUCUAUGAGCUUAUAGUAUAUCCUACAUAUCUUUGUAAAUAACGUAUCCUAUCAAACUUAUCCAAUAAAAAGAAUAGCUGUGAAAAAUGAGUUUAAAUAGCAAAAUUAUUUUUUAAAAAAUGUUUAACGCCUAUAAAAUAUAAUUUUAUUUUUCCUUGUAUGUGUGUGUGUGUAAUACCUUUGAAAUAAUUAAACUUAUAAAACUAAAAUUAAAAUAAGAUUAUAUAUAUACACACACACAAAUAUUUCAGAAAAUACGAUAGUUUUUCCAAUUCUCUUUUAAAAAUAAAGCUGCACUAUACACUGUACGAAAUAUCUAUCGUGUACAUAUAUUUUUAUCCCACACAGUAUAAUUUUAUUAAAAGAGCUUGACAUUGAUAUUUUAUCGCGAAUUUACAUCAACGGAAUGUGAAUUAAUUAAUUUUACAUGUGAAAUUUACUUCAUACGAAGUAAAUUUAUCGCACGAUAACUAAUUUACAUUUCGGCUUUAACUUGGUCCAUCCGUAAUUAAAAGAGAAUCUACAACCAUAUUAAUAUACGUACUUAAAAAAUGUAUGAUAAGAUAGUUUCUUUAUUCACGUCAGAGAAAUAAUUUAUUUUUCAGGAGUUUCUCUUUAACUAAUUAAAUAAUAAGAGACAAUUGGCCUUUUACGGCAAAGAUAAUCUUCGCCGUUUCACUUCUUCAAAACUACUAUCUCUGGUCUCUUAGCAAAUCAAAGGACAAUCUACUUAUAAGCUAUUAUGAAUGUGAAUAUCAUGAAUGAAUCGUUAAUGAAUCUAACGAUAAAUAAAUUGGGCUAUUAUUUGUAAGACAAUGUCUCACGUAUCUGAUAUUUCGAUCUUCCUGCUGUCUUCAAGAGAAAUCGACAAUUACAUACAGGAUAGAAGUUAGAGUCACUUGUAGCAUACUUGGAGAAAAUGUAUUAAUGUUCGAGUAACUACCUCGCGUGAUGCCAUACCACAGCAAAACAGAUUAUUAUGCUCGAAUCUGUGUUUAAGUAAAAGAUAUUUUAUGUGAGAAAAAAUAUUUCCUCUAAUUAUAUAGAAAAUAAUGUAAUGCAAGAUGAUCGAAACAAAAAUGAUUAGCAAUUCUGCUAAAUAGUUAAUACUCUUUAAAACAUCAAAUAUAAGAAUUUUAGACAAAAAGUUUGUUAAAAUGCAGAAAACCGUUUACUAUAUUAGAAAUGCUUCCUAAACCUUAGAAAUCAUAGAAAAAUUUUCGUUCCUGUAGUAACGAUGCGCUUCGUACGUAAAACAGGAAAGUGUCGAUAACGAUACAAAGUUUAAUAGACUGUAACAGUGCAAUAACGUUAAAUAAGAAUUAAGUGAGAACGAUAUAUAAUGAGUGUGAUAGCCGUUCCGUUUAGAACGUUAGCACUUGUAAAUCUACGAACUUAGAUGAGUAUCAAAGUUUAUAGUGAAUUACACGUAUGUAAAUAAAAUUAACUGUAUAAUUGUAUAAAUCAAUACCAAAGUAUACGAAUAUCAAAGUUAUGUAAUAUCAAAAAUGUAUAUUUUACUGUGUAAGCGAUCGGUAAACGGUGCGUAAACGUGCAGCUAUAUUUGGAAACAUUAUGUUAAGCUUAUUAAAUUAUUGUUAAUGUCUAGGAAUAGAUAUGCAAGUUUAUUGAGAUUUGCGCCGAUCGUUUCAUCGCUGUAUUAGCCUCCUUUUCUGUUCAAAAUAAUGUAAAAUAAUAUAUUCAAUAAAAUUUAAUGUCUUUGAUAAAAA